AUGGAGGUUGUUGAUUCUAUUCCGUGGUUUCCACGUCGAAUCACUGAUAUUGACCAGUUUGCAAACCGAAUUCUCAGCUAUGGAGCUGAGCUCGAUGCUGAUCAUCCGGGCUUCAGAGAUCCCGUCUAUCGAGAACGACGAAAGUUCUUUGCUGACAUCGCUUUCAACUACAAAUAUAAGACAUAUUUUUCAGUGGCGACAAGAUACGCCCCGCGACCAAAACGCAUAGAUAUACCGCUUCAGGAGUCGACCGCUGGCGUGUUGUCUAUAACGAACUUGUAUCCCUCUACCCGACACAUGCAUGUAAAGAGUUCAACUACAUCUUUCCCACUACUUCAACAAAACUGCGGCUUCAGAGCCGAUAACAUCCCGCAGCUUCAGGAUGUUUCUGAUUUUUUGAAAGAUUGCACUGGCUUCACACUACGUCCUGUGGCAGGACUUCUUUCAUCGCGUGAUUUCCUUGCCGGUCUCGCAUUCCGCGUCUUCCAUUCCACACAGUACAUACGCCAUCAUUCCUCACCCAAAUACACUCCGGAGCCCGAUAUUUGCCACGAGCUCCUUGGUCACGUACCUCUCUUCGCGGACCUCGAAUUUGCUCAAUUUUCUCAGGAAAUCGGUCUGGCCAGUCUUGGAGCCUCGGACGAAGUGAUCAAGCAACUUGCCACGUUGUACUGGUUCACAAUCGAGUUCGGAAUAUGCCUACAAAAUGGAGAAAGGAAAGCCUAUGGCGCAGGCUUGCUGUCGUCCUUUGGUGAACUACAGUACUCCCUCAGUGAUAAGCCAAAUGUAGCACCGUUCGAUCCAGCUGUCACAGCCACAACAGCACCUACCGAUCGCCGAAUACACCAAAUACUUCCUUGGCCGAUUCUUUGCCAUGCCCCAACACGCUCAGCUGCACAAGUGCAUUUCACAAUGAUCGUAACUACUGCAGCUAUGAAUGUUAUGAAUAACAUUGUCAGUCGUUCAUGUGGUGCAAUGAGGGACAUAUUUUUCAGUGGCGACAAGAUACCACGCAUCGAAUAUACCGCUCAGGAAGUCGAAACCUGGCGUGUUGUCUAUAACGAACUUGUAUCCCUCUACCCGACACAUGCAUGUAAAGAGUUCAACUACAUCUUCCCACUACUUCAACAAAACUGCGGCUUCAGAGCCGAUAACAUCCCGCAGCUUCAGGAUGUUUCUGAUUUUUUGAAAGAUUGUACUGGCUUCACACUACGUCCUGUGGCAGGACUUCUUUCAUCGCGUGAUUUCCUUGCCGGUCUCGCAUUCCGCGUCUUCCAUUCCACACAGUACAUACGCCAUCAUUCCUCGCCCAAAUACACUCCGGAGCCGUAA